CUUUGCUCACUACGUUCACCACUCUAACCCCUUCACAAAGUAAGACUUCUCACUACCUCUGCUAGAAGCAGAACCGCCAUCACCUCGACCAGUUGUCUUCUCACACCUCUGCUAGUAAUUCCAUCGAUCUCCUCAUCCACUCCAUUCACAUCUGCGUCAUCUUUUCCUCAAGACCUUCCUUUCCAUCACUCAACGGCACACUCCUACAAGUCCCAACCAUGGAGCUCACAUUCCUCACUGAAAUCGGACAAUCGUUCACGAUCGAAAUCGAUCCAGGCAUGGAAUUUGAGAACGUCAUGGCGUUGUUGGAAGCCGAGUCUGGUAUCCCAGUCUCAGAACAAAGUAUAUCACACGAAGGACGAGACUUGAACAACACAAAAGGCACGACAGUACGAGACUUGGGACUCACAGGUCAUUAUGCAACUUUACAGUUGAAGAGAAAGAUUCCGAAUGUUGCCGGUGGAAGACCGCUGGAACACGACGCUGAAAUGAUGCGGCUACAGUUAUUGGGAGAUCCAAACUUAAUGAAUGAUUUACGACGAACUCAACCCGAACUUGCAGAAGCAGCCCAAACCAACCCCACCCGAUUCGCAGAACUUCUUCGCCAAACCCGGGAACGCCAAUACGACGCAGAAAUAGCCCGGCAACGUGAGAUAGAACAUUUAAACGCCGAUCCUUUCGACGUCGAGGCGCAGAGGAAAAUAGAAGAAGCCAUAAGACAGGCAGCGGUGAUGGAGAACUUGGAGCAUGCGAUUGAGUAUUCUCCGGAAAGCUUUGGGAUUGUAACUAUGCUCUAUAUCGACGUUGAAAUCAAUGGAAAACCCGUUAAAGCGUUUGUUGAUUCUGGAGCUCAGCGUACUAUCAUGACACCUCAAUGUGCGGAAUACUGCGGCAUCAUGCGACUCCUCGAUACCCGAUUCGCAGGUAUCGCACAAGGCGUUGGUACAGCUGCCAUACUGGGACGAAUCCACAGCACCCAGCUUAAACUCGCGGAGUUACAUCUCCCAUGUUCCAUAACCGUCAUGGAGGGUCGAGCCGUUGACCUUCUUCUAGGCCUAGACAUGCUAAAAUCCUACCAAGCUUGUAUUGACCUUGAAAAGGGGGUUUUGAGGAUACAAGGACGGGAAGUGCGGUUCCUUUCUGAACAUGAGCUCCCUGAAAGUGCUAGGCAGGAGGCAGCUGAUGCCGCACCAGGAGGACCUUCGAGUGUAGGGGGAGGGCCAGCGCCUGCCUCAGCACCUAGCGGUCUAAGACUUGGCUCCAGUUCUGGUUCUGGUCCUUCAAGACCCGGUCAACGUCAACCCUCAAGUUUUUCAGGAAGUGGGAAUACGCUCGGAGGAGGUUCCUCCGCUCAACGACAAUCCAAUAACCCGAGAGCUGUCAGAAGUUCGGGAUCAAAGCACCCUGAAGAACAUAUUAAAGUGAUUAUGGACCUUGGUGUGACUAGGGAGAUUGCAAUCAGUACGUUGGAUGCUGCUGGUGGAAACGUAGAAGUUGCUGCUUCGUUACUGUUCUAACUUGACGGGAAACGAUGAAAAGGGUGAAUAAACGGCUCUGUAUCAUUAUCAUGUAUAGUCCUACACAUACAAAAUCAUCCGGACAAUUAGCUAUAAAUGUUACAGGAAAAUCAAAAGAAAAACGAAAAAA